AUGCACAGGGAUUUCGAUGUUAAGCGUUUUAUCGGGAGGGGUUGCUACUCUCUGGUGUUUGAGGCCCGGCAUACUGAGGGCUCAGACGCUGAUAAAUCCUAUGCAUUGAAACGGUUUUUCCUUCAAAACUCAUCUGCCGUCAACUGUGCUCUCCGCGAAAGGCGACUCCUCGAAAGACUCGCUUUAGAGCCCGUCCAGUCACCGUUCCUGCCAACUUUAUUCUACAGUUUUAUGGUUAACGGCGGACCUGUAUUCCUGCUUCGAGAGGGAACCGGAUGCGACUUGUUUGAUUUGCUGCACUCGAACGGUCUUCUUUCGGAGAGUCAGGGCCGAUUCUACGUGUCCGAAAUAAUUAGCGGCCUUGAACACCUUCAUUCUCUUGGCAUCGUCCAUUUAGAUCUCAAACCGGAAAAUGUGCUCAUGUGUCCCACUGGUCAUGUUUUUAUUUCCGAUUUCGAUCGUUCCUACGAUCUUAAUCAGAGCACUGAACGGCCUACAGAGGACGAUUUUACCGGAACUCCCCUUUUUAUGGCUCCAGAAAUAGCCAGAGGAGAGGUUAUCACCACUAAGGCAGACGUCUGGAGUUUGGGAGUAUUAAUGGCGGAAAUGGUCUGUGGUCCCAUCCGUCCUGCCGCCAAAGACCUUGCGGAGGAUCUUCGGUGGGCCAGAGAGGGACGCUAUACUAUCCGACGUCUUAAAAGUCUCACGAAGCCCUUGCAGGCUUUCUUCAGCGCCUGUCUCCAACGAAAGUAUCAACAACGACCCGAUUUGACCGGCGUUAGUCAGCUCCGGUUCUUCAAGCAUGUUAACUGGGAUCAGGUUCGCUCACACAGCCUUACUCCGCCCAUCUCCACGUCACUUCUCAAGCAUCGUCCUACCCGUGAAGCCAUCUGUAAGCUUGAUCCCACUGAUCCACUCCUCUUGGCUUCUGCUUAUGGGAGAGAGCUGCCCGUGACUCGGAAGAAGCUCUGCCAGGCGGUUCAAGGUCAGGGUGAUUCCUCUCCGAUGUUGGCCACUGAACCUCCGGAUUUGGAGGAACUGGCUGCUGCAGGCAUGACGGAGGACACCCUCGUGAAACUGUUUGCCGACUUCACUUUCGUCAACCCCUCUCUUCGCCGUCCAAUUGAACCUGUCGAUAGUUCCCCCGAGCUGUUUUCUCAGUCGGAAAGACCGCCGUCUCCGCCAUUAGACAAAACUUCAGUCUGCUGCGAUGACAGAAUAACAAUGGCAGAGGAUCAGCUCUAUUCAAAACCUCCUCUCCGCGAACGCAAUCGAAAGUGCUCCGCUGGAGAUUGA